GAUAUGAAUUCAGCCUGGCCUGGCCUUUGGCACAUGACUGUUUCACUCAUUUACAGGAGACUAAAGUCAACAAAAUGUUUCUACUUUGGAGAAACUUCUGUAGAACUCGAGCUGCGGCUGUGAAAAUCCCCUUAUCGUCGCGGCAGGCUUCGGCUCAGCGCAGCAGUCGAACCGGGGGCUGUUUGACGCAGAGCAGGAGAAGCUCCGGGAGCCGUUACAAUGUUCCACCGAGCGCCGAGUUUGUCGCUCGGGUCUCCGGGAUCCCCACCAUGGCCAAGCUGCCUUACCAGGAGACGGCCGACGGGCUGGACGCAGCGUUUGUUGGUGUUCCGAUUGAUACUGGGACUUCUAACCGGCCCGGAGCAAGGUUUGGUCCACGGCAGAUCAGAGUGGAAUCUGCUCUGCUCAGGGCUUACAACAGCGGCACCAGGGCGGCGCCUUACGAGUGCCUGAUGGUUGCCGACAUCGGGGACAUAAACGUUAACGUGUAUGAUUUGAAAGACACCUGCAAACGCAUCAGAGAGGCCUACAGAAAGAUCCUGUCCACGGGCUGCAUCCCUCUGACUAUGGGUGGCGAUCACACAAUCGCGUACCCAAUACUGCAAGCUGUUGCUGAGAAGUACGGCCCUGUGGGCUUGGUCCAUGUGGAUGCUCACGCUGACACCAGUGACGUGGUUCUUGGGGAGAAGAUCGGCCAUGGGACUCCGUUCAGACGCUGUGUGGAGGAGGGGCUCCUGGACUGUCAGAGGGUGGUUCAGAUUGGCCUGCGAGGGUCGGGUUACUCAGCCGACUCCUAUGAGUGGAGUCGGGCCCAGGGUUUCCGUGUGGUCCAGGUGGAAGAGUGCUGGUUCAAGUCUCUCACUCCUCUAAUGACCGAGGUCAGGGCCCAGAUGGGCAGGGGUCCAGUCUACCUCAGUUUUGACAUCGAUGCUCUAGAUCCAGGUUUUGCACCUGGAACAGGAACCCCAGAGAUUGCAGGACUCACUCCCAUACAGGGAGUUGAAAUUAUCCGAGGCUGUCGGGGGCUCAACCUUGUCGGAUGUGAUCUAGUGGAAGUUUCUCCUCCCUAUGACACUACAGGAAACACUGCCUUGACUGGGGCCAACCUGCUCUUUGAAAUGUUGUGUGUUCUGCCAAAAAUGAAAUACUGACCUGAAUGUAAUAGUUAAAGUGGCUCUUUUUUUUUUUUACAUGUAGAGAAAUAGACAAAUUGUGUUAAAGUAUUUGAGGCUGUGGUGAGAAUCCAUGUCAACCUAUGCAGUUUUAAGAUUUUAAUUAUGUUUUUCUGUUGCGCUUUUUUGGAAGAAGUCUGUCAUUCAUAAAUAAAUCAAGCUUUGAACUUUA